GUGGCGGGCUCGGCCCGGGGUGUCGGGGAGCGAGCGGGGCUGGUGGCGGCUCAUGAGGGGCCCCGGGCAGGAGCGGCGCAAGCCCGGUGCGGUUUGAGCACUGCCAGGUGUGAGGGAAGACAGUUCCGCUCCCCAGCCAGGCCCUGUGGUUCAGCCGGAUGGUUCCGCAGCCGCUUCCCCCGGGGCGGAGGCCGAGCCUCGGCCCCGGAGAGGCGGAGUGCCGGCUGUUCGCUCGCGAAAAGCUGCAUUUCCAAAGCUCCCAGCCCUGUGGGGCCCCCGGGAGUGGCGUUUGUCCCCUUGUGAGCGGCUCAGGAGGUGCGGCAAGCGGUGCCCUGGGCAGAGUUGGUGCCCGGGCCCUGCUGUGCUUUGUGCCGGGCCCUGCUCCCCUUGGGCGGUGCUGCGCGCGGGAGAGACAGAACACGGCGGGAUUCUUUGUGAAACCCUCGGCGUUUGAGGUGGGAGGGUUCUGUGGCUUUGUGCUGAGCCCCUGCGAUAGGAACGCCUACAAGGAGAAAAUGAAGGAGCUGUCUCUGCUCUCCCUCAUCUGCUCCUGUUUCCACACCCAGCCCCAUCCCAACACCAUCUACCAGUAUGGAGAUAUGGAGGUGAAGCAGCUGGAUAAGAGGGCAUCAGGCCAGAGCUUCGAAGUGAUCCUGAAGUCCCCUUCAGAUUUAUCUCCUGAGAGCCCAAUCCUUUCCUCCCCUCCCAAGAAGAAGGACCUGUCCCUGGAGGAGCUGCAGAGGAGGCUGGAGGCUGCAGAAGAGAGGAGGAAGACCCAGGAGGCGCAGGUGCUGAAGCAGCUGGCGGAGAAGCGGGAACACGAGCGGGAGGUGCUGCACAAGGCUCUGGAGGAGAACAACAACUUCAGCCGCCUGGCCGAGGAGAAGCUCAACUACAAGAUGGAGCUGAGCAGGGAGAUCCGUGAGGCACACCUUGCUGCCUUGAGGGAGCGGCUCCGUGAGAAGGAACUGCACGCGGCCGAAGUCCGCAGGAACAAGGAACAGCGGGAGGAGAUCUCUGGAUAAAGGGCUUUUCUACACAUCUAGCACCUGAUUCCUGUUAACAAACCAACCAGUCGACCAACCAACACAUUUUGUUUUGUUUGUCUAGAUGCGACAUUGGGUUCUCCAUCCCCCCUCCCCGGUGUUCGUCCCCAGCUACACGCUUCUCUCUGCAUCCCUAAUCGUCAGUGCUUGUGGGGAUUCACAGAUCAUAGGGACCUCUAAGCAGAAUAGCAACUAGUUCACAUCAAAUAGAGAAUCAAUCAGUCGAUCAGUCAAUCAAACAGCUUCUUUGGAGGAUUUUGUCCUUUUUUUAAAAAAAAUAUUUCUUAAAC